AUGUACCUAACCCUGUGGAUAUUAGCUUGCUUGGGUGGGAAAUGUGAUGGAGGGUUUUUGGCGGGCUUGCUUGCUUGUUUGUUUGCUGCUUGGCUGGCAUGGCUUGCUGAGAGAGACGGAGAUGAAGACGACGCCGACGCCGACUGCGGACGCCGACCGCCGACCACCGAUGCCGGUGCCGGUGCUGGUGGUUGUGUUAGCGUUGGCGUUCGGGCGUUCUGGCGUUUGGCUGCUGAUGCGCUGGUUGUGCUGAUGCUGCUGACGGCGGGGGACUCCGAUGGUUGUGGUGGUGUGGUGUUGUGUGGUGGUCUGGUGGAGGCUUGCCGGAUGGCUUGUCGAGCGGGUGGUGGUGGUUUGGAGAGAAUGUACGCGACGGGGACACAGUGUGAGUGGGAGGAAGAGAUGGGGUGGAUCGGAACAGGAUCUCGAGCUGAGUGA